AUGAUUUGGACAAUCCACAUCAGUGUCGUUUUAUUUGUGUUAAUCAGCAUCCUCGCGGAGAUGUGCUUUCAUGAGAAGCUGUUCAAGCCUUUAUUGAGAAAAAAGGUUCUUGAUCAUAUUCAGUCGAAUGCAAAUAUGCAAAGAAAUGCUUCAAGAAUGAGUAUCGAUGAUGAAAAUGGGUACAGCUGUGGGCUUUAUUAUUCUAACUGGUCACCUUAUUCGCCGCGUUUGCAUUAUCCUCAUGAUAUAAAUUUGUCACAAGUAUCUCAUAUCUAUUACUCUUUUUUCUUGGUUGAUGGCGAAACUGGUACCCUGAAGUCUAGUGAUGAAUGGUCUGAUUUUGCAAUGGAUAUAUACAAACCUUUGGCAAUAAAAUUGAAUAAAUUAAACCGCGAAGAUGUGGACCAAGAGCUAUAUGCCAAAAAUUUACCAAUGGGACUAAUUGGAGAAUUGAAUUUUUUACGCCAUUCCAAUGUUUUAGGGGAUAAGAACGCAAAAGACUUCAAAGUUAUAAUGUCCGUCGGUGGAUGGUCAAAUCGUCAGGAAUUUCCCAAAGUUGUCAGAGAUGCGAAAAAGUUUGAUAAAUUCAUUGAUUCUUGCGUUGAUACUAUGUUCAAGUAUGGAUUUGAUGGGAUUGACUUGGAUUGGGAGUUUCCGGAGGAUGAUGGCUUUGAACCACAGAAAUAUCUUGAAAUAGUGCAAAAUCUCAGAAGAAAACUUGACGAUUUGGAAUCUGAUAUAUUUGGUGGCCAUUCUGCUGGUAAUCAUAAUAGGUUUCACUUAUCCAUGGCAACACCAGGCUUUGCUGAAAAAUUGAAUAUUAUGCCCAUAGUGGAAAUGAACAAGCACAUUGAUAUUUGGAACAUGAUGACCUACGAUUAUUAUGGAGAAUGGUCAGAAACUACAGGAUACCAUAGUAAUCUUUAUGACAGCGGCCCCCAGAAUGAAAAGGUAGACAUGCUAUACAAAUAUUCACACUCUUCGGGUAGCGAUGAACGUCUCUGCGGUAAUGCGGCAGUGACACAAAUGAUUGAGAAAUUUGGAGUCGACUCCAAGAAAAUUACCUUGGGAAUGGCUGCGUAUGGUAGAGGGUUCAAAAAGGUGUCCGCGAAUAAGACAGAUACUAGAUUUAUUGACAAGGCUUUUCAUGGUGUCAGUGGCGGAUCUGAUGGAGAGACAGGAAUUUGGCUAUACAACCAGUUGCCCUUGGGCGGUUCAAAUGAAGUAUUUGAUCCCGAUUACGUUUCUGCUUUUUGUUUCAAUCCCAAGUCAAAAACUUUUGUUGGCUACGACAACGUUGAUUCUGUUAGUGUCAAGACUCAGUAUAUCAAAGAUAUGAAAUUGGCAGGCGGAUUUUGGUGGGAAUCGUGUGGAGAUACCCACAAUGAUCCAUCAAGAUCUCUCGUAAAUACUUUUGUGAAUGAAAUCACUUCGAUUAAGAAGUUUCCAAAUUCCAUGUAUCAUCAAUCUAGUGUUCUAAAGUACUAUAUCAAAAGAUAUGGAGCUGGAGGUUUUUUAACGUCCAUAUUUGCUCAAAUGAUUGAGGCGAAGUGA